GACCCGCCCGAAUUUGCAGAUCCGAAAAUCCAAAACGUAAUUAGGAGGACUUUUAGGAGUGUUCGAGAUACAUGGCGGUUGACGCUUUGGCACUCUUUUUAAGCGAAUAGAUUUCAAACAAAGUCGCCAGCGAGCAAGAACAAGCACCAAGAAAAUGAGACCCAACAUUGUUUCUGAGGCAGGAUUGCAAACUAGGUUGUCGCAAUGGUGGGACAGCGUUCCAUUUCUUACUUCAGCUGUGGUGGUUGUUUGUGGAACUAUUUACUUGGUGUGCCUCUUGGUUGGUUAUGACUCCUUUUUUGAGAUAUGCUUUCUUCCCUCUGAAGUUAUCUCUCAUUUCCAAGUCUACAGGAUAUACACGGCCAUUCUGUUUCACGGUUCACUGCUUCAUGUUCUGUUCAACAUGAUGGCAUUGGUUCCUUUGGGUUCUGAAUUGGAGAGAAUCAUGGGAUCUGUCCGGUUGUUUUACUUGAUAAUUCUGUUGGCCACCUGCAAUGCUAUUUUUCAUCUUCUAAUUGCAUUGGUUGUGGCAUAUAAUCCAUUUCGCACUUAUCCGAAUCUUAUGAAUGAGUGUGCAAUAGGCUUCUCAGGAAUAUUAUUCUCAAUGAUUGUCAUAGAAACAAGUCUAAGUGGAGUUCAAUAUAGAAGUGUAUUUGGACUAUUUAAUGUGCCUGCAAAAUGGUAUGCAUGGAUCUUGUUGGUAGUGUUUCAGCUCCUCAUGCAAAACGUCUCAUUACUGGGACACUUAUGUGGCAUUUUGUCUGGCUUUGCAUAUACUUAUGGCUUGUUCAACUUCCUCAUGCCUGGAGCUUCCUUUUAUUCUGCCAUUGAGGCGUCUUCUUUGCUUACAUCUUGUGUUAGGCGACCUAAAUUUAUUUUGUGCACUGGUGGGAAUCCUACAAGCUACAUCCCUACAUAUUCAAACCAAAAUACAACAUCCAGUGGAUUAUUUUCUGGAAAUAUAUUGAGGAACUGGACAUCAUGGAUGCCACAAAGGGAAACAUCGAUUCAGCCAACAGAUGACAGCCAGAGGUUUCCAGGGAGAGGAAGGACGCUCAGUGGUGGUCGAACUCAGGGGGUAACCGUUGAUAAUUCAGAUUCAAACCUGCAGGUUAGACUUUUGGAUAGUAGCAACACAGACCAUCCAUCAGACACAACAGCAACUGGUGCAGGACAGCAGUUUCCUGAUGGAACUGCAAGGCGGUUGACAGUAGAAAACCCAGCGGUAAUUCCUGCAGAAGUUCCUCACCGUCAGGAUUCAGUUCCUUCUGAAGAAGAAAUUCAGAAACUUGUGUCAAUGGGCUUUGAUAGGACACAAGUAGAAGUUGCACUGGCAGCUGCAGAUGGAGAUUUACAUGUGGCAGUUGAAAUUCUUAUGAGCCAACAGGGAUAAAUAUCUGGCCACGCUAUUUUAAUCUUCGAGGUUUUUAUGUAGUAUUUUCUUGGAGAGUAAAUUGUGUGAAAUCAUUAAGCUGAGGAGGGUAAAAAGAUUCUGAACAGCAAAGGCUCUGUACACUACUAACAUACCAUUGAAAAAGAGAGGGAAAAAAAAAAAAAAAAAAGGUACAGAAGUUUGUUUGUAAAUAAGAAAAAACAUGUCCUGGAUAUUACAGAAAAUGAGUAAUUUGCAUUGAAAUGAGUAGGCUUUUGAAUCGCCCAA